UGGGGUGACGUCACCGAGUGUCACGUGGCCUAUCUCCAUAAUGGAGAGUUGUGCGGGCCAGACAGCCGCCGGCUCGUCUCCGGGGAACCGUUUUUCUUAAGCCCCUCAACACUAUCGUUCCCCCAACCCCACCGGCCGAGCUAUUGGAAAUUCGAACCGAGCGGCGUGCCAUCUCGCUCCGACCGCACUGCCGUCAAACUAUCUCACCCCUGUGGAUUAAACGCCGAAGAUGCCGUCAUAAAGUGUCAUAAAGAAAGGACGAAGGGUUUUUGAUUUGCAGAAACUCUGCUGCCCUGCGGUCCAACCCCGGCGCCCUGUCACCAUGGCGACGGGCGUUUGCUGCCACCAGCCCGGCGACCAGUGCGACUGCGCAAAAGACACGGACGUUAAGACGAGCGUGGAGGAAGAAGGAGGCGGCGAGGGCUGCGGGGGUCCGGAGCUCCGCGUCACGCAGGUCACGGUCGUUGACGGACGCUUGCCGUCCUCCGUGGGCAAAACCCUGCAAAGCGAUCUUCCCAUCUGUCGCAUCUGCCACGAGGGGGGCUGCGCGGAGGGCCUGCUGUCCCCGUGCAACUGCACCGGCACGCUGGCCGCGGUGCACAGGAGCUGCCUGGAGCUCUGGCUGUCGUCGUCCAACACAAGCUACUGCGAACUGUGCCACGCCCGCUUCACCAUCCAACGCAGGCUCAGGCCUUUCACAGAGUGGCUGCACGAUCCCGGCGCACGCGAGGAGAGGAAGUUGGUGUUCUGCGACAUCGUGUGCUUCCUGUUCGUCACGCCGCUGGCCACCAUUUCGGGCUGGCUGUGCUUGAAGGGCGUCUCGGACGACCUUCGGAUCAGCAGCUUGCUGCAGAAUACGGGCCUCAUUUCGCUCACCCUGGUCCUGUUCACCAUCUACAUCCUCUGGACCAUGGUGUGCCUCCGCUACCACUGUAAGUUGUACUCGGAGUGGAGAAGAAAGGACCAGCAAGUACAUCUGCUCUUCCCCAAAGCGAGGGAAGCCGUCUCUUCCCAGCAUGCCUUGCACUCCGCCAUACCCCCCAACAUACCCUCAAAUGAAAGCUUAGUAUGAGAGCUGAGGGGAGGAUACACGUCACCCCUGAGGCCCCCCCCCCCCCCACCUCCCCGCAACAUUGAUUUAGCACUCUUGCAAAGUUGACUUGGACACGGAAAGAGUGACGCCAUUUUGAAGGAUGACAAGCGGAGGCUGUGCAAAAGUACAAAACUGCGGACGGUCGAUGCAGUUGGACAGAGACGGCGGGCAGUAAGUGCUGCUUGAGGGCUGCGAAGCAUCCACAUGUGGGGUGGGGGCAAACAUUCAAACAAUCUCAUGUUACCCCCCCCCCCCCC